GCGACACCAGUUUCAUGUAAUCACCGUGGAGGGAAUUAUCGUUGGUGUUAAUUCUUUAAAAAUCCAUUGUUAGGUGCAAGUAUGAAACGACCUCGAUUCGUGUGCACAAUUCUAAUAUUAUAUUUUAUCAAACCGUACACUCGUAUUUCUUGUACAAAAUCUGAUAAUAGCGACAAGCUAGCAUCUAUUCUAUUAGAUCCCGUGCUCUCCAAUGGCGAUGAUAAAGUUCGCUCUCAAAGAGAAUUAAUAAAAUUGAAUGAAAUUGGCAAUGCCGACGAUUUGGCAAAUGAAGAUCGUAUUACGCGAAGUGUUCUCGAAUCCAAAAAACAUCUAAGAGUGGGUGACGCCCAUCAAGUUGCAAAUUAUUUCCUUACAGGAGGACCGCUGAAAGGUCAUUCUCACUUUGUUAGGUCAGCCAAUUGCGAGUCAAAGAAUGAGGGAAACGACGUAGUCGGAUUAGGUAAUCCAGUCAACAAAGAUGACACCGACCUGUCCGAAAACAAUGACAAUACGGAUAGUGCCGAUGCAAAUAUACCCGAUUAUCACGUUGCUCUUCCAUACAUUCCUGCGGUACAUCAUUUAGUCCGUCGUCCUCAUAUACAUAGACCUUUCCUCGGCAGAGUUAAUUCUCUGCUCCAUCAGCUUCCACCGCCACUAUUCGAUGGCUAUCAUCAUAUUCCUGCUAGCGGUAGUUUACUUCGUUCAGUUUUACAUCCUCGUUUCCAUCCCCAUAUUGAUAGGUUGCACGCCAUUCCCGAAGCACUUGUUAGAGCCGCUGUUACGCCAAUGCAUAGCUUGCUUCAGGCACACGCUCAACUGAAUAAUGCUUUGCUACCAAAUCUAAGUCAACCCGGAGAAGGAUCGCUUCUUGGAAGUGCUAUUCCGAUACAUGAAAAUAAUAACGAUGCUGGGAGUGACUUAAUGAACACAAACGGGGAAGACGCACCCGUGCUUGGCGCAUAUCCUACAUACCCCGCAGACUUCAACGGCAAAACUCCACUGACGCAUCUUGUUCAUUCUGACUACUUCCCACAUUUACAACCCACCGGAUACAUCGUGAAAUUUGUACCGCAUGGUUUAAACACAGAGGAAAACGUAGAUUCCGUUCGUACCGAAGAUAAGGACACAGAUGUGACCGAGCAGGACGACGAGUAGUAGACGAGAAUGAAGAUCGUUAAUUAAAAUGCCAGGAACGAGUACAAAAUUUUCGGUAAAUCUUACAGUCGUAUAUUUUCUUAUAUAAAGGUGAACGAUGUACUCUUUGAUCCGUUCGAACUAUAAAGUAGAACUUGUCUUUACGCGAUACAUUUUUGUAAUAGUUCUAAACAGCCGAUGGGAUUGUGUUAAACAUUCGACAAUUGGAUUGACUAAUAAACUAUGCAAGAGAACGGUACUUGGUUUAUAUCUGUUUAUUAAGAACUUUGUACAAAAUGUAACGUAAUUUCUUUCUGUACAUGAGAAUAAUUCCCAUUUCAACAUUAAAGUGCAGAUAAGUGAGAA